AUUUAGUGAAGCAUGUUAACUGCUAGAGAGGAGGAAAGUAGACUGUUUUCAGGAUGAUUUUAGGAUUUGCCUUGCUGUUUGUUCUUACGGAUGUAACAACAGAGUUUGGGACUACACCAAAUCUUAAACAGAUUGUCAUUGGACGGUGUUUUGAAUAUGUAACCCUGGCUAAUCUCAACCCCAGGUACAAUUGUGAGAAGAUAUGGCAGGAGUUUGAAAAGGCUGUGGUUAGGAGAUCACCCUGCGAUGUUAGAGUUAAAGAUUACCAAAAAAUGUUCCAGGUCAUCACUCAGACUUUACCAUGUGGCAAGGUGGACUGGUUUUUAGCAGUGUUCAGGGCCAUGCCCAACCUGCUCCAGGGCACAUUUUGUUCUUUUUGUUCUUUUAUUCUGUUUACAGUGAAAGUGUUUUAG